UUGACUUUUAAUCUUUGCAAUAGAUGCAAUUCAGCAAUCUGCUAUACCACUAUGGCAUUUUAAGACGGUGUUCCUGAUAUCCGACGGGCAACUCGCUUUCGCUAUGCAAGUGUAGCUCCAAUUGAGGUUGAUGGCUCCAUGCGCAAGUUUUUGAAGGGUGGUAGAGACUUGGAUAUAUUAUUCAUUUGAGCAGUUUUUAGGAACGAUAUUGGAGCAGACGGAUGUUGACAACCAGAUUGCGAAGCUGAUGGUGGAGUUGUCAAGGAAUCAAGACUAUGAGAUCGGUGGUGGUACUACUAGAGUUGUUGUGUUGGUUGGAUCUCUUAUAGAGCAAGCUGAGAUGCUUUUGGAACGGGGAAUUCAUCCCAUUAGGAUUGCUGAGGGAUAUGAAAUGGCUUCCAGGAUUGAUGUUGAAAAUCUUGAACGAAUUGCUAAUAAGUUUGAGUUUGGAGAAACUAUUUUGGAGCCUCUGAUUCAGACUUGUAUGACUAUACUGUCAGCCAAAAUUGUGAAUCGGUGUAUGCGUAGCUUGGCUAAGAUUGCUGUCAAAGUUGUUCUUGCUGUUGCUGAUCCAGGAAGAAAAGAUGUUAACUUGGAUCUAAUUAAAGUAGAAGGUAAAGUUGGUGGGAAAUUGGAAGAUACUGAGUUGGUUUAUGGAAUCAUUGUUGACAAGGAUAUGAGCCAUCCUCAAAUGCCAUAGCAAAUUGUAGAUGCUAACAUUGCUAUACUGACUUGCCCAUUUAAUAUCGACACAGUGGAGAAGUUUCAUACGUAAUAUAUCUAGGUAAAAUAAUUUUCUAAAAAUAACGAAAUCAUCACAUGGGUUUUGUCUAGUUUGCUUAAUAUUGUGGUUUACUUGU